UUUUAGCUGCCCACUUGGACUCCUCUCUCUCUUUUUUUCUCUUCUUUUCUUACUAGAAAGCUUCAACAAUUACUUGCCUCCAAAGUAGUCUAGAAACUAUUGAAAGACUGUUUAGUGAGUGAAAAAUCUAAUCCAUUACUUGCCCGUGAAGUAGUCUUAUUCCAAAUCAUACCUUAAAUUUAGGGUCUUUUCCAGUACAAUCCUAUACCUUGGUCAUAUCCCAGAAUAAGAAGAUACUGUAUCUAAAUUCAUGAUUUUAUACCUGAGCUCUUAUAUCUUAGUAGAGAUUUAUAAUUUAAUUUUGAAACAUAAACCUAAAGGUGGUCCCACGCCCCACAAUACGAAAACGGGAACCCACAAAUGGGCUUCCACGAACCAUCGGGCUCUGCAGCCACAUGUUAAAAUAGUAGCCAAUUUCUCCACCAGACAAAACCCCCAGCACGUAAAAAACACAAUCCACGGCUCUGAUCGAAUGCCCACUACGGAUAAGGAUAAAUCGAGGGAUCCCGCCUCCGUUAACUGCCACCAGUCUCAGCCCCCUGCUUACGUCACCUAGCAACCUUUUCACUAAUUAUCCGUUUAUCCUCCCACACAUAUAAAUACACAUUUGCGCUUCUGUCGAAACCCAAACUCUGAAAAUUCUGGGAGUGAGGUGGAAAUGGAAGCUCAGACUGGUGUUUGCUCAUGGAUCAGAGCCAAGCGUAUCGGCGAGGGCUCGUUCGGGACCGUUGAUCUUGCCGUGACGAGAUCCGACGGCGGCGUUUUCGCCGUGAAGUCGGUUGAUCGGAGAGUGGGUCAGGAGUGUCGGGUGGAGGCACUUGAGAACGAGAUUGGGGUUCUCCGGCGUCUGUCGUCGCCGUAUGUGGUUAGGUAUCUGGGGGAUGAUGUGAGUGUGGAAGGUGGGACGGCGCCGUUUCGGAACCUGCAUGUGGAGUAUAUGCCAGGUGGCACCGUUGCUGACUUGGCGGUGCUUUCCGGCGGGAAGUGUGCUGACGUGGACGAGAGGAUUGUGCGGUCGUACACGUAUUGCAUCGUCUCGUCUUUGAGGUAUGUCCACUCGAUGGGGCUGGUGCAUUGCGACGUGAAAGGGAGGAACGUCUUGGUCGGCGGCGGAGCCGGCGUGGCGAAGCUCGCAGACUUCGGGGCGGCGAGGAGGAUAACCGGGGAAGUGGGUCGCCAGAGUAGCGCGAUUUUGCCGCGUGGGAGCCCGCUUUGGAUGGCGCCGGAGGUCAUCCGCCGGGAGUAUCAGGGACCGGAGUCCGACGUCUGGUCUCUGGGAUGCACAGUCAUCGAGAUGGUCUCCGGAAAACCAGCGUGGGAAGAUUGCGGCGCUGAUACUCUCUUUCGAAUUGGGUUCUCCGAUGAGCUGCCGAAGUUCCCAGCUCAGUUAUCGGACUUGGGCCGCGAUUUUCUCGAGAAAUGCUUGAGGAGAGAGCCCACUGAAAGGUGGAGCUGCGAUCAGCUGCUGCAACACCCAUUUGUAUCAUCUUCAUCCCCCAAUUACAUCACAGACGCAUCCCCGAGAUCGGUCCUCGACUGCUUCAAUUUCAGUGAUGACGACGAUGAAGAAACCGAACUGAACCCCAAUCCUGCCCCCAAAAAUUCAGUUUCUGCCCAUGACAGAAUCCGAAAAUUAGCUUCAAACAGAGGGCCAGUUUGGGAAUCAGAAGAUUGGAUGGACGUCAGGACAUGGAUCAGUGACAGAGCAGAAGCAACAGCGGCGAGCUGUUGUGGGGACGAAGGAGAAGGGACCAAUUCGGCAUAUUCGAAUUCCACAGGGAAAACAGAGGAAAGUGAGAAAACAUUUGCCGAAUGUCCGAGUACACGUGGCACUCCCCUAUUGGACACUGUUGGUAAGCUAGGGUGCGACCCUGGGUCAAGCUGUGGGUACGAGUCAGGGACGAAUGGCUCGGGGGAGAGUAAAGAGACUGGGGUUUACAGCCAUUGUAAAUUAAUAUUACUAUUAUCAUAUUUGAGAAUAAUGAGAAGAAAUUCACAAAUUUUUUAUAUUUAUAUUAUUUAUCUUGAACCUCUGACUUUAAUUGACGCAUGUGACCGACUCUUUCAUAGCUACCAAAAUGAUAUCUCUGAUUUGGUAUGUUAUACAGUUGUACAAUCAUUAUUCCACCACAAAUUAUUGUCAACCUCCAGUAAAUUAAUGUAGUACAGGUUGUCAAGUCAUAAAUAUUGAAGACAACACGACAAAAUAUUUAUAAAUCUUUCAAACUAGGUUAUUUAUUGUCUGUUUCAA